GGAAAAAUGGCUGAGACGAAAAGAAGUUCGUCUUCUAAAGAGAAACCUCAAUCGGCUAGGACAGAGAAGCCUCAAGGUCUCAAAGUCACUAAACGGCCUGACACAGUUCCCCAGAAGACAUCAGCUCAGAUGGAUCUACUUGCCAAAGAGGAAGAAUACAAACGCCUGAAUGCAGAGCUGGAAGCAAAAACAGCUGAACUUGUUAGGCAAGCAGAAGAGGUCAUGAGAGGACAAAAUGAAGUUUUGUCAAGACCGAUCUCUACACAUCUAAGCAUUGAUACUGAGGAUGAAAAGGGGGAUUUUGUGGACUUAAACCCACCUGCACCCACUGUAAAACAACCUACAGCAAAGGUGGUGUCAAAGAAAGUUGCUCCAUCAAAGGUUCUCCAAAACAAGCCUUCUCCCAGAGACAAAGCAAAGAGGGUAUCAAAAUCAGCAAAAACCUGUGCAGUGGAUGAUGUUGCGGUUGUUGAAGACUUCACAGACUUCUCUCUGGCAAAGACUAUAAGCAACAUUGAGGGGAAACUGGAGGAGGGUGCAGCACAUGAAAUCAUAGACGAUGAUGACAUCAUGCCUAGUGUUGGUAAUGAGAUGGGUUCAGAGGCUCAGAUUCGCUUUCUGAAAGCAAAGCUUCGGGUGAUGCAAGAAGAGCUGAAUAGGCUUUCUCGGGAAUUCAACAAAAAAGAUGACGAAAAUGCAAGUUUGAGUGCUAAACUGAAGGAAGCGGAGGAAGAUCGUGCCAGAUUGCAGAGGACAACCAACAUUCAGCAAACCCAGACAGAAAAGCACAGAGCGCUUGCAGAGGAAUCCAACAGAAAGUGUGACGGGCUGCAGCACCAAGUAACUGCGCUACAAAAGGAAAUAGAUGGCUUGAAGAGAACACAGAAGCAGGCAGCGACCAAUCACAGCGCCACGGAAGUCAGACUGAACCGAGCUCUUGAGGAGGCAGAGAAAUUCAAACUGCAGCUGAACAAGAUAAAGCAAAGCAGUAAGGACUCAGCCAAUCAGGAGCACCAGAAAAUGGAACUCUUACAGGCCGAAAACAAGAAACUGGAGAAACAGAAAGCAGAACUGAUAGCGGGAUUUAAGAAACAACUAAAACUUAUUGAUAUAUUAAAAAGACAAAAGAUGCACUUUGAGGCAGCAAAGGUGUUGUCUUUUACCGAAGAUGAGUUUAUGAAAGCUCUUGACUGGGGGAAUUCAUAAAGCAAGACACACAAGAGGAAGACCGGAAGGAAAUAUUACUGCUGUUUAAGAUCCAUGAUCAAUCUAUAACAUGUUGAUUGUGCGAGAGUCACAUUGUCAAAGGGAAAUCAUAAAGUAACAUCAAUGCUGUGACUUUUGCUGUGACUAAGUUUUAAGAACAGAGUC